AUGGCUCCCAAGAUCGCCAUCGUCUUUUACUCCAUGUACGGCCACAUUCGGCAGUUGGCCGAGGCCGAGAAGAAGGGUAUCGAGAAGGCUGGCGGCAAGGUCGACCUCUACCAGAUCGCCGAGACGCUACCCGACGAGGUUCUCGCCAAGAUGCACGCUCCUCCCAAAUCGCAGGAUAUUCCCGUCUUGAAAGAUCCCAAAGACCUCACUGGCUACGAUGCCUUUUUGCUGGGAAUUCCUACCCGAUACGGCAACUUCCCCGCUCAGUGGAAGGCCUUUUGGGACAAGACGGGCGGCAUCUGGGCCAGCGGCGGCUAUUUCGGCAAAUAUGCCGGCCUCUUCGUCUCCACCGGCACCCUUGGCGGCGGCCAGGAGUCGACUUGCAUCGCUGCCAUGUCCACCCUCGCCCACCACGGCGUCAUCUACGUCCCGCUUGGUUACGCCAAAAGUUUCCCCCAACUGUCCAAGCUCGAUGAGGUUCAUGGCGGAAGCCCUUGGGGUGCCGGUACCUUUGCCGCCGCCGAUGGCUCCCGCCAACCCACCAAACUUGAGCUCGAGAUUGCCACCAUCCAGGGCGAAGAGUUUUACAAGACCGUUUCGAAGGCUUUUGGUUGA